GAGACAGACCGGAAGCGGCUGUGUUGGUUGCGUCCAGCUUGACGUCACACAGCGGCGACAGCAGGAGGGAGCGGCUCCGGUCGAGCGACGUUCACUGAGAGUGGGAGAGAGAGGGAGACGGAGCGGGUGGAUGACGACAGCCGGUCAGGAUGCGUGAAUACAAGCUGGUAGUUUUAGGAUCAGGAGGCGUCGGGAAGUCGGCUCUGACGGUCCAGUUCGUUCAGGGAAUCUUUGUGGAGAAAUAUGACCCCACGAUAGAGGACUCUUACAGGAAGCAAGUGGAGGUGGAUGGACAACAGUGUAUGUUGGAGAUUCUGGACACGGCAGGAACAGAGCAGUUCACGGCGAUGAGGGACCUGUACAUGAAGAACGGUCAGGGCUUCGCUCUGGUUUACUCCAUCACCGCUCAGUCCACCUUCAACGAUCUCCAGGACCUCAGAGAGCAGAUCCUCAGAGUGAAGGACACCGAGGACGUUCCUAUGAUCCUGGUUGGGAAUAAGUGCGACCUGGAGGUGGAGCGCGUUGUGGCCAAAGACUCGGGCGUCGGUCUCGCCCGCCAGUGGAACUCCUGCGCCUUCCUGGAGACCUCGGCCAAGAGCAAGAUUAACGUCAACGAGAUCUUCUACGACCUUGUGCGACAGAUUAACAGGAAGAGCCCCCCUCCAGGAAAAACCCGCAAAAAGCCGACCUGUCAGCUUCUCUAAUGACAGAUUUCUCCUCACUUGGCCGCCAGCCAACCAACCAACCAACCAACCAACCAAUCACAGGACAUCUUCCAGCUGGCCACGCCCCUUUCCCUUUAACACAACCGUGUCAUCACCAGCGUCAGCCACCUCUGUUACCAUGACGACUGCAUCCCCGCCUCCCCCGCAUCUUUCCGCCACACUGUCUAAUGGAGACUGUUGCCUUGGAAACAUUUCAACCAAAACAUCACAAAAGACUGCAGUGGCGGCGGUGGUGAUGACAAACCUGCUGUUUUCGGGAACUGCCCGUAGUUUCCGACUACGGUUCCCAUCAUCCUCUCUGCAAGGCCAUUUUGCGCUGGGGGAGUGGCUUCUUGCUUCUUUUUUUUUUUUUUUUUAAAUGUUUCUUUGCUUUCUUUUCCUUUUUACUCGUUAUCUUGCAGCCCUGAGCCAUUCACACGCAGCUUGACCGGCGGCCAUGUUGGCACCGCGGUUGCCCUGGUGACGGCUAACAUGGCCGCCUCCGUGUGUGUGUGGCUCUGGUCAAACCUGUGGAUCGAUACAGUGAUUAUUAUUAUUACAGUGGUUAUAGUUAUAAUUCUGUGUGAAAAGAUAUAAACGUCAUUUAAUGUU